AACGCGAUCAAUCCUCUGAGGGAACACUUCACCAUCGAUACUCAACGAGAUAGAAAACACUCAUCGAUCGGCUACAAUUCAAAUCAUAUUCGUGACUGUCGACCUGAUAUCUCGAUAAUUCGAAGUAAAGAGAACUGUUGAAAAAUCAUAUACCAUUGAAAAGAAAAUGGCAAAAGAUGAUGAAACUGAAUUGGAACUUAUCAAAAGAAAACCUUUGAAUGAGAAUCAAGGAAAUCAUGAGGAAACAACAUCAGAACAAGAAUCAGACCCGGGAGUAGAAUCAUAUUCAGAAUCAGAAUCGGAAUCAGAAUCAGAUAUAAAUGAUAAUCAAUCACGCUUAAUCAACACUUCAAAUCAAAACCCCAUCAAACCUCGAACGUAUCUGAUCCUAUCUACAAUCUCAAUAAUUUUCAUUCUAUUUAUCUUUUCUAUCGCACCCCAUUUUUCAAUCGAAUCAAUUUCAAAAACCACUUUAAAACAAAUCAAACCGAUCGGACCACCUGGUAGUAUUACAUCUAAUACUGAACAUUGGGCAAGUCAAGGUGGAACUUGGAAUAAUGUAGAUUUAGAUGAAAAGUUCAAAGAAUCGGAUAAAUUAGCAAGUUUAUCAAAUUCAACCCAUCAUUUUAAAAAAACUUUGAUCGUGGUCUCUUUAGAUGGAUUUAGGUUGGAUUAUUUGGAUCGGAACUUAACUUCUAAUUUAAUUUCAUUAACCGAAAAAGGUGGAUUAAGAGCCAAAGGUUUAAAACCACAAUUUCCUUCUUUAACAUUUCCAAAUCAUUGGUCAAUGUUAACCGGUCUUUACCCUGAAUCUCAUGGAAUCGUUUCUAAUAAUUUUUACGAUCCAAACUUGGAUUUAAAUUUCACCAAUACGAAUCCUUCAAUAAGUUGGGAUUCUUAUUGGUGGGGUGGUGAACCAAUUUGGUCAACUGCUUCAAAGAAUCAAAUGAAAACUGCUGUAAUGAUGUGGCCAGGUCCUCCUUAUACAUCUGAAAAGAUUAGACCUACUUACUGGAGAGCUUUUCAAGAACAUUUCAAAUGGUCAAAACGUAUUCAACUCUUAGAAAGUUGGUUAGAUAUGCCAAUUCAUGAAAGACCUGAAUUGAUUUUUAUCUAUCUACCAGAUUUAGAUGAAGUAGGACAUCGAAAUGGAGCUGAGAGUUCUCAAUUAAAUCAAACAUUAAUUCAAAUGAAUCAUUUUGUCAACCGUUUAGAUCAAUCACUUUCGAAUCGGAAUUUAUCUGAGAUUGUGGAUGUGGUUUAUGUUAGUGAUCAUGGAAUGAGUUCUUCUGAUGAUCAUCGUUUGAUUUAUUUAGAUCAAAUCUUGGGUUCUAAACAUUUUUCAAAUUUGAUUGGAAUUGAUGGUUGGCCAGCUGCUGGAUUAAGGUUUAAAGAAGGAUACGAUCUAGAAUCAGUUUUAAAACAACUAGAUAAAUCGUCCCAACAUUCCGAAUCAUUCAAAGUUUACACACACGAGACUAUGCCUGACCGUUGGCAUUUUUCUAAUAACCAAAGGAUUGCUCCGAUUUACAUUGUACCUAGUUUAGGUUGGGUAGUUACAACAACUCAAGAACAUAAAGUUGAAAUGAAAGGUCAUUUUAGAACCAAAGGAAUUCAUGGGUAUGAUAAUGAUUUAGAAGAAAUGCAAGGGAUUUUCUUUGCUUAUGGUCCUUCUUUUCGAAAAAAAUCAAUCAAAUCCAAUCUAAUCGACAGGUUUUCUAAUUUAGAAAUUUAUAGUUUAAUUAUCAAACUAUUGAAUAUUACUGAUCAUUUACCUAAACAAAAUUCUACUUUAAAUUUUUGGGAUCAGUAUCUUUGAUAGAGUUGAACAAAACAGACCAAACCUCCUGGAAUCAUUUAUGUCGUUUUUUUUCUUUCUUUCUUUGCUUGAUUGAUUGUAUUUUAUACACUUGUAUUUUCAAUGCAUAGAUAUUUUUUUCUAGAUUUCUCUUCGUUGCAAGACUUCAAAAUUCAUGAGAUCAAUGAAUCUCAAUCAAAGUGUUUUGAAAUGAAAUUGCUUCAUUGAAGUUCUAUUUAUAC